AUGGAGGAGAACGUGCCCGGGCUGGGAAGCCCCGGCCGCAAUUGGCUCGGAGGACUUCGGAAGGAGAGGUCAUUGUCUGCGAGGGAAGCAGUUGCUUCACAGGAAGCAGCGGAAGCGGCUGCAGCCGUGGCGAAACAAGAAGAGGCAGAAAAAAACGGUUCGCCGGAGAGUGAGGAACCUGUUAAGAUGUCGUUGAUGGAUCUGUUGGGCGACGACUCGGCGUAUAUGCCUUGCGCUCAUACGUUUUGCCGGCUUUGCUCCAAGGAGCUUUCGGUUCAGCGAGGAAGCUGCCCGCUUUGCACUGCUUACGUCUCCGAAAUUCUUCACAUCUUCUAA